AUGGCCGCUUUGUCGCGCGCUCUUGACUGGAGCUUUGAGGAGGUAACCGUCUUCCUCAUGGAAGUACGAAACGAAGUCAAGAACAGGAUGAUUCAUGGAUACACCCGAACUUACUGCAUCAUCGGGCGCAAACCGGAGAAGGGGGGCACGAGGACGAUGUAUCAGAAACCUUGGGCCUUAUGA